AUGCUCUUUUAUCGUGCAUUUUGGCAUCGUCUUGGCGGAUACCCUGGUCCAUUUCUCGCCCGGCUUUCGAACUUCUACGUCACCUCACUUUCGGCCAAGAGUCUACAUCUCUACGAAGAAGUUCGUGAGCUGCAUCGGCAAUAUGGCGACUAUGUUCGAUUAGGCCCCACCGAGCUCUCAAUUGCUGACCCUAGAGCCGUCAAAGCACUCUACAGCGGCCAGGCGAAAGUUAGCAAAGGACCAUGGUAUACCGUUCUGGAACCCAGAGUAUCUCUCCAUAUGUCCCGAGACAAGAAAGAACACGCUCGCCGUAGGAAGGUGUGGGAUCAAGGCUUUAGUUCGAGGGCUAUCCGUAAGAAUGUUGGCAAACCGAUGGAUAUGGCGAAGUGGUUCAACUACUACAGCUUCGAUGUCAUGGGUGAUCUGUCUUUUGGUAAAUCCUUUGACAUGCUGGUAGGCGGCCAAGAUACAUAUUUCUCGACUCAGCUGCAUGCGGAUAUGAAGAGUAUCGGCUUGUUUAGCCACCUGACAUGGCUAUUUCCGUUUUUCAAAAGAAUCCCGGUCCUUAACUCGGACUACCUCAAAUUUUGGAAUUGGGUUGGCGGCAGAGUUGAGGAAAGAAUCAAGUACACUAAUCUCUGUAGUGAUACCACUGCUGCCACGUUGACUAAUCUGUUUUUCCAUCUCGCUGCGGAUCACACCUGGCAAACAAAGCUUCAGACAGAACUAGACGCUUUACCUGACUUGACCCAGGAGAAGCUGACUGGUGCUAAGACUCUCGACGCACUUAUAAAUGAAACCUUGCGUCUCCAUCCUGCUGUACCAUCAGGUACCCAACGAAUAACUCCACCGGAGGGUCUCCAGAUUGGUGAUAGAUAUAUUCCUGGUGACGUGAUGGUGUGCAUUCCGACACACACAUUGUUUCGAGACGAACGAGCCUUUGUUCGGCCCGAGGAGUUUCUUCCAGAGAGGUGGAUGACGCAGCCCGAACUAGUAAAAGACGCAUCCGUCUUCAUUCCAUUCAAUGCGGGCCCCUAUUCCUGCGUUGGGAAGCAACUUGCUCUGAUGGAGCUUCGUCGUGUGACUGCCGAGAUUCUGACGAGAUAUGAUGUCCAAUUUGCCCAAGAGCAGACGGUUGACGCGUUCUUGGAUGGUAAACGAGAUACAUUUACCUUGGUAACUGGGCCUCUUAAGUUGGUGUUCCAUGAAAGAAGAUAG